UUUAUUAAUGGAACGCAGCUGUGGACCCAUAAUCAUCUCUCUUACCAGUGACAGGUUGCCAAAUGUAGAUAUGUUUAUCUGUCCAUAUCUUGUUUCUUGUCCAAGAGUCCAUUACUCUCCACCAUUUCAACAUUAAUGGAGUCCUUUUCAAAAGCAUUCAAUUAAGUAAUUAAUCGACACAAGAAUGGGAAAGUUUUCAGCAGCUCAUACAUCAUGUUCAACUUCAUUCCACAACUAUUUUUUGGUGCCCAAAUUGAAUGGAGGAAUAUUCUUCUUCUCCCAGGCAAAAAAAUGGAGGUCGUCACAGCAACUGAUUGUGAAAUCUCAGUUGAUUAAUAAUGCUACUACUUACUCUUCCAGAAUUAGCACUGAUAUUCCUCUCUAUGAAACCCCCGGGGCUUGCUUUGAUCGAUAUCUGGAGAAUAAGCCUAGAGUUUUCAAGGCCAUUUUUCCUGACAAAAGAAGGAGCCACCAACUCAAUCAGGAAGAGUGGAGAAUUCACAUGCUACCCAUAGAGUUCCUGUUGAUCACUGUGUGGCCAGUUAUUGAUAUGAGAUUGAGAUGUAAAUCCAAAGGAGUCGAGUACCCACUGGGGGUCCCUCAUAAUGUUUCUAAGGUUCUUGAACUCGACAUAAUAAGAUGGGAGCUUCAGGGUCUGGAUGAUGUGCUGAAGCCAUCUGAGUUCUCACUUGGUGUAAAAGGGUCUCUUUACCCCGAUCGAAAUGGACCGCAGAGCAGGCUGAAAGGUCAACUACAGAUGAGUAUUAGCUUUGUUCUUCCACCAAUGCUAGCUUUGGUCCCUGAAGCUGUUCGUAGAGAUGUUGCAGAGUCGGUACUAAGGGGACUACUGCAGAACAUGAAGAGUAAAGUAAAUGGUAGCUUGCUUUCGGAUUACACUGAAUUCAAGAGGGAAAUGCAGAACAACUUGUUAGUCUGAACAGAAUUUAUAAUUUUAAAAUUUUGUUAAUUUUAUUCAUGGGUAUUUCGACAAAUUUACAUGAAAAGUAUUCCCAUAA